CCCUUCCCCCCCCUCCCCCCCACUCCCCCAGAGAGCCGCUCCCCAGCCACUCUCCCGGUUCCCCUUCCCCCCUCAACACGCACGCGCGCGCGCCCCGGGCCACCCCCUCUUCCGCCAGAGAGAGAGAGAGACCCUCCGCCCCCCCUGGAACCAUGAACGUCGGUGACACGGUUGUCCUGCUCGCCAGGCACCCUGAGUUCAAGGUGACCAACAACAAUGAUGGCUACCUGCUCUUCUACGGCGUCCUGGCCGAGAUCGAGUACACCACGAGGACCCUCUGCCUGGCUGACGUGAGCACCCUCUCCAACGACCUUUUCGAGCCGCUGAACCAGUUCUUCAACAACAAGACCCUGAUGUCCGACAUGUUCAGCCGCGAUCUCUUCGCCCGGGUCCCUCCCCUGGACAAGAGCGUGGAGCGCCUCUACUUCCCGGACACCAACAUCCGUGAGAUCAUCCCCGGCAGUGCCCUCGAUGACUUUGCCCUGGCCUCGACCACGGCCUCCAGCGAGAAGGCUGCGGCCGAUGCGGCGGCUGCCGCCGCUGCCGCCGCCGCCGCCGCCGCGGCUGCCCAGCAGCAACAGGCCGCGGCAGCUGCCGCCGCCGCCGCCGCCACCACCACCACCACCGAGCCGGCCCCGGCUGCGCGCGCCCCUCCCGCCUCCCGGCAGCAGUCCGGCCGGCAGGGCCCCAGCGGCCGGCAGGGCUCCGGAGUCCCGGCCGAAGCUCGCGCCGCCUCCAACGAGUCAUCCAAGCCGAUGACCUACGCCGCCAAGGCGGCCAGCUCCCGGGCGCCGGUGUCCAAGUACCCGCUGACCGGCGACGACCAGGACUUCCUCCUGGACCAGCAGUAUGCGUAUGCGGGCGACGCGCAGUCGGGCACCGACUCUUCGCGCCGGUCGCGUCGCCGCGAUGGCGCCGGCGCCCCUGCCGCCGGGGCCACCGGCUCCGGCCCCACCGCCAACCAGCACUACUCGCGCCAGCAUCCCUACUCGCAGCACUCGCAGACGGCCACCGGCGCCGCUCCGGCGGCCGGGUCCCCCGGCGCCCCCUCGCAGCGCCAGGCCCCCUAUGGCUCCGGUCGUCAGCCGUCUGCCGCGAGCUCGGGCCUGCCACGCCAGCAGCAGCAUGCUGAGCCGGCUGCUGCCGGCGGUGCCCCGGCCAAGGGCCCGGCCGUCUACAAGAUGGCUGCCCCUGCCCCGAAGACGGCCGCCACGGGUGCCGCCCCUGCCAAGCCCGGCACCGGCCCGACCACCACCGGCACCGCCAAGGUGGAUGCCGAUUCGACUGCCGCCACCUCGGGCGCGGGCGUGCCCGCCGCCGACUCCGCGCCUGCCGCCGCCGCCGCCGCCGCCGCUGCCGCCGCCGCUGCUGCUGCUGCUGCUGCUGCCCAGCAGCAUCCCGGCAUGCCACAUCACCCGAUGAUGCCCUACAUGUAUCAGACCCCUCCGGGGGCCCAUGCCUCUGCCGGGCAUCAGUACCACAUGCCGGGCUUUGGCGGGGUGCCGAUGCCCGGGUUGCCGCCGCAGAUGGCGCCGAUGUAUGGCUUCGCGCCGCCGCAUGCCGGCGGGCACCCGCACGCCGGGCAUCCGCAUCACCCGACGCCGCCGUCGGCCAUGCCGCCGGCUGGCCCCGGGGCCGGUGCCGUGCGCCCUGCUCGGCCGAAGCUCUCGCAGCCGCUGGUCUCCUCCAGCCAGCUGGCUUCGGCUGCGGCCGGCGGGGCUCCGGUCAUUGUCUCGCUGCCGCCCGGCCCGGCUGGCGGGCUGGCCGUUCGCCCGGCGCCCGCCACGGCUGGCACCGGCCCCGGCGCGGCUGCCGCCAAGCCGGCCGUCGGCGCGGCCGCUGCCACUGCCGCCAAGCCGGCCGCCGCCGAGGCCGAGGCCUCCUCAGAAGGCAAGAGCCCCGCCCUGGAGGGCACCCCCGCCUCCCGGCCGGCGGCCCAGCAGAAGCCCUCGGCGGCGGCGGCGGCGGCGGCGGCCCAGCCGCAGUCGGUCAAGGACAUCGUGGCUUCAUUGCCCGACGCGCCGGAGGUCCACGCGCCGCAGCUGUCCAAGUCCCACGGUACCUUCGACUUCGAUGCGGCCUUCAUCAGCCCGGAGAUGGCGGCCCGCUCGCAGGGGCCCGCCCGCACGGCGGCUGCCUACGACCACAGCAAGUCCUUCUUCGACACCCUCAGCACGUCGGUCAGCAUCGGGCCGAUCAGUGCCACCGGGGUUGGCUCGGCUGGCAGUGGCGCCUCGGUCACUGGUGGCAAUCGCCGCCCGGCGGUCACCACCGGCGGUGCUCCCAGCGGGGCGCGCUCCGGCGGCGGCUCGGGCGCCCCGCGUUCCGGUGCCUCAUCCUAUGGUCGCCGCAACUAAAUGGCCGGCGCCCUGCGCUUCCAUCUGUCACGCACAUGCGCGUGUCUGCUCGUGCGGCGCCCAGCUUCCCUCCCCUGGCCCAGCAGGGGGUCCACCAUCAAUCAAAGCAUGAGCCACCAUCCUCCCCGAGUGUCUCUCCCCAUCCCCCAUGCUUGACAGUGCAUCCCCCUGAGGGAGGGGGGAGGGGCGGGCGGGCUACGCAUGCUCUACCCGCCAUGCGCAUGGUGUUGCUGCUUCCUCGCGCCCCGCCCCUCCUCUCUGCCUCCCACCCCUGUUCCCUCUGCCUCCUCAUCUCCACCCAUCCAUCGCACAUCCCCCCAUUACCAAGAGAAAUAAUAAUACACAGGGCGCGCUCCGGUCGGGGGUGUCUCGGUGGUGACAAUGACACACGCAUGUACCCCCGUGCGCGUGUUGUAUGCCAUUGCCAUCGGGCUAUCCCCCCCCCCCCCCCCGUCCGGAGGACGCACACGCGGGCAACA